CCGUCAGCCCACCAUUCUCUUUGGUCUCACCAUUUCCCGGGGAGCCCUGGUCCGAUCCGAUCCCAACGCCCGUCGGCCAUCGCCACCGGUGGCAGAUCUAGAUCGGAGACAUCCCCCCGCUGCCGCACUCCACCCCAGCGACCCCGACAUGGAGGCUGUCCCCGCCGCCGAGACCCUCGACGGGCAGAAGGAGCGGUUCGACCUCGGGGUCUUCGUCGGUGACCUCGCCCUCGACGAGGAAGUAGCCAGCGAUGACGAGUCGCUGGAGGGGCUGCAGCAGGAGCUCGACGACUGCAAGAAUGACGAGGAAGUUGCAAACAUCCUGGCUAAUGGCAUCAAACUGCGCGAGUACACGAAAGGGGUUGAGAAUGACAUUCGCCAAGUUGAGCUGGAUUCUAUACAGGAUUACAUUAAAGAAAGCGAGAACCUAGUUUUGCUGCAUGAUCAAAUUCGUGAUUGUGACAAUAUUUUGUCACAAAUGGAAACUAUUCUUACUGGAUUCCAGACAGAAAUUGGUUCCAUAAGUUCAGAGAUAAAGGUCCUUCAGGAGAAUUCUAUGGACAUGGGAUUAAAGCUGAAAAAUCGUAAGGCUGCAGAGUCUAAGUUGUCAAGAUUUGUUGAGGAUAUAAUAGUGCCACCAAGAAUGAUUGAUAUAAUUGUUGAUGGAGAGGUCAAUGAUGAAUACAUGAAAACACUAGAGACUCUAAGCAAAAAAAUAAAAUUCAUUGAAGCGGAUCCCAUGGUUAAAUCAUCCAAGGCUCUAAAAGAUGUUCAACCUGAGGUUGAGAGACUUCGGCAGAAAGCUGUCUCAAAGAUUUUUGAAUUCGUCAUCCAAAAGUUCUAUGCCUUGAGGAAACCAAAAACUAAUAUUCAGAUUCUACAACAGAGUGUUCUUAAAUACAAAUACACAAUAAUUUUCCUUAAGGAACAUGCUAAGGAGAUAUAUGGAGAAGUUCAGGCGGCUUAUAUUGAUACCAUGAAUAAGGUGCUGAGUGCACAUUUUCGUGCUUACAUACAAGCGCUAGAGAAAUUACAGCAGGACAUAGCAACUUCCACCGACUUACUUGGAGUCGAAACCAGAAGUACAGGCUUCCUUUUCUCCAUUGGAAAAGAACCUCUGAAAGCCCGCUCUUCAGUGUUUGCUUUGGGUGAAAGAAUAAACAUCUUAAAGGAAAUCGAUCAGCCAGCAUUGAUACCCCAUAUAGCUGAAGCCAAGUCACAAAAAUAUCCAUAUGAAGUUCUCUUCAGAAGCUUACAAAAGCUUCUAAUGGAUACAGCUACUUCGGAGUACCUUUUCUCUGACGAUUUCUUUGGUGAAGAAUCCAUAUUCCAUGAUAUAUUUGCAGGACCAAUUCAAGUUGUUGAUGAGCAUUUUAAUGCUGUACUCCUGAACUGUUACGACGCUAUAGGCAUAAUGCUUAUGAUCCGAAUAAUUCAUCAGCACCAGCUUAUCAUGUUUAGGCGGCGAAUUCCAUGUUUGGACUCUUACCUGGACAAGGUUAAUUUGUCACUCUGGCCUCGCUUCAAGAUGGUGUUUGACUUACACCUGAACAGCCUUCGAAAUGCAAAUAUUAAGACUCUUUGGGAGGAUGAUGUCCAUCCGCACUAUGUCACGAGGAGAUACGCUGAAUUUACAGCUUCUCUAGUUCAUCUCAAUGUUGAACAUGGAGAUGGUCAGCUUGAUCUUAAUCUUGAGCGAUUGCGGAUGGCUAUUGAGGACUUGCUUGUUAAGUUGGCCAAGAUGUUUGCUAAACCCAAGUUGCAAACUAUUUUCCUGAUAAACAACUAUGAUUUAACAAUUGCCAUUUUGAAGGAAGCUGGAACAGAGGGUGGCAAAACACAACUUCACUUCGAGGAUGUUCUUAAAAGCAACAUUGCAAUCUAUGUGGAAGAGUUGCUCCUGGAGCAUUUCAGUGAUUUGAUCAAAUUCGUCAAAACUCGUCCAGCGGAAGACACGGCGACAAGCUCAGAUAAAGCCAGCGUUGGCGAUGUUGAACCAUUGGUGAAGGAUUUUGCGAGCCGGUGGAAGGCUGCGAUUGAGCUGAUGCACAAAGAUGUCAUCACAUCUUUCAGCAACUUUCUGUGCGGCAUGGAGAUCUUGAAAGCGGCGCUCACGCAGCUCCUGCUCUACUAUACCAGGCUCACCGAGUGUGUCAAGAGGAUCAACGGUGGCUCUGCUCUCAACAAGGACUUGGUGUCCAUAUCCUCUAUCCUGUAUGAAAUCAAGAAAUAUUCUAGGACCUUUUAGUCGAUUCCUCCCUGCGAUGUACACUAAGACGACCAGACGAGGGGCGGUCAUGUAUUCUUACAUUGUAAUGACAAGUUGAUAUAUGCUACUGCAGAAGACAGAACAUUUUGUUGUGAUUUCACGAGGGGUCCCUUUGCAGCACAGAACCAUGUUUUUCUGCUAUUGUUAUAUGUAUAAUCAUAAGCAGUUUGUCGCCAGGAUAUA